GUCACGGCCUAAUCGACGCGGCGGAGUACUUCGUCCCGAUACGCUGUUUAAAGAUGGUCAGUCCCCUGAGGGAAUGCAAGGAAAGUUUAAUUUACACCUACGAGUCCGAUAGAAGUGCGAAAGGCGAGAGGAUGGAGGAACCGGAAGUGAGGAACGUCGUGAAGACUCGUGGCAAGGUGGCGGCUGAUCUGUCGCCGGUUCAAAUUUUGAACGAUAAGGGAUCUGUGCCUGAUAUCAGUUUAUGGGGUGACUUUAAUAAGAUGACGUCGUACAUUAUGGAAAUUCAGCUGUUCUAUAAGUCUUGGCACUUUUCGUAUUUCGCGCGCAUUUCUAAUAUACUGCCGGAUGUGCAGGACGAUGAGAAAAUGAGAACCGGAAGUAGGGACACCAAGAAGGCUUCCAGGGAUACCAGGAAGGAGGUUAAGACUGAUGUGAAAAUAUUUUUGGAUUCGCUCAAAUGGCGGCAUGAUUUGUCAAAAUCUCGAAACGAACCUUUGUAUUUAUUUAUGGAUUCUCUGGAGGUUAAAUUUUUACUUUUGACUUUUACCGCCAUGCAAGCUUAUCCGCCGCCGUCGGAUCCCGACAGAGUGAAUUUUUCGUAUUUAAUCGUGGAAAAGGCUAAUUUCUUUAAGAGAACCGCCGGAAACGAUCCUUUGGCUAUUAUCAGGACUUCCGGUACUGGUUCUACCGUCUUGGAAGUUGACCCUGGACGACAUAUUUUUCGAAUUUUUAUUCGCUCGGAAUUUUCAUACUUUUUGACUAUAUCGUCAGACACCAUCUUUCAUAUUGGAAAUCGGCUGAAGAUAUUUGACCUAAUGACCAAGGAAUCCGAAAGACUGGAUGAUCUGGCAAGAAAAACAUUUAUCGGAACCAUCAACGCGUUUCAAGUAUUCGGGCAAGUUGAUUAUCGAGAAAAAUUAAAGAAUUUCUAUAAAAUGUACAUGCCGCAAGACGACGAUAGGACAACCACAGAAUUUAACGUUUCCCUGAAAAAAUCGAUACACUAUUUUUUCCUCGAAGAACUUCACAAAGCAGUAGAGAGAAAUCUAACGGAGGAUCUUAUCGGCGCCCAAAGAGCCCUGAGAAUAUUUUUCCUCGAUCCUGACGUAGGAAUGAAAAUUUAUUCCGAAGAAUCAAAAGUAUCGUUCGACGGUUUCUCGAGUUCGCCGCGAGAUGGAUUCUCCAAAGAGAAAAUUGCGCAUGGUUCGAAAGAACAGGAAAUCGAGGAGCAGGAAUUCAUCCCGGUGGAUUACGACAGGGCUGCCACCAUAAUUCAAUCCUUCUUCCGUAUGAUCCUUGUCAGAUCCUACAAAAAGAAACACGAUCCUAAGCAUAAGGAGCAUUUCCAUAUCCUGGAUGAUCUCGGGAGGAUCGUCGAGUCGUUGGAUUAUGCAAAAAAAGAAUCGAUAUGGCAUCAGCUCAUCAGAGACACGAUUAACAGAGAUAAUAGAUUUAAAAGUUGGUAUCCCUGCUCAGAAGAUUUUCAACAUGUCCUGUCGAUCCAGGAGUGCAAGGGAAUCAUGAUGAACGUCACGCAGGACCAAUGGGUCCCCAUAGUACGCCUCGUAGUAAACCCCGCCAAAUUUGAAUCGGUCUUUCCAAAUUUGAAUCUCUUCGCCAAUCUACCGAAUUACACUCUGCGCGUAUUUAAUAACGAUACUGGACGUGAAUUAGAAAAAAUUAUAAACAACGUAGUGCCGAUGCAUUAUAAGCAUACGAAAUACGGUUAUACAAUUUUUGGAUACGGUUGGAGUGGAAAUUCAAAAUUCAAAGAAUUCAAUUGGACACUGAAAAUUAUAACUAUGAAAGGCGAAUCCAUAUUUUAUACGGUGAACGACGAUCCCGAGCCGAUUUCUGAUAAAAUACAAAUUCCAAAUUUGUGGCUGGCUGAAGUGUCCAACAAUUACAUUCCCAAUACAGGAAAGUUAAUAGGGAGAUGGAUAAUUGAAGCUAAAAUAAAAAGUAUCGUCUCCUUUCGACUGGUCACUUCUUAUGAAAUGGUAGAAAUAAAAUUUCGCGUGAUAAAUCAAAAAGGUUACAUUAUGUCAGAGAGUACAGGCACUUCCGUUGUGAUAUUACCACACGUGUUUUUAUUCCAAGAUUUCGAGGAAUUAUCCAAGGAAGAAAGUGUCACGAGAAUUACACCACCGGAAGUAGAAAAAUAUUAUUUGGAAGCCUAUGUACUAAAUGAUUCGUGGCCUUUGACAGAGACCGAAUGGUCAGUGGCGAAGCACGUCAAGAGACGUAACACAGUCUAUGCCUGGAAAAGCCUCAGAGUGUCGUCAUUAGGCGGAGUUAAACUGUCCAAAUCGGAUUUGUCAAAGCUGAAGCAAAUUUCAAAAAAAGGCUCAGACGUUUUGUACAUCCCCGAAAAGCCAUAUUGGGUCUUACAGACUGUCAGCGACGUUGGCAGUGGCGUAAACGUGGAAGAAGAUAAAAAGAAAGAAGAGGAAUUGGCAAAGGUGAAGGCAUCUUGGGAAAAGAACAAGCCUGGAAGACUUCAGCGUGGCAAGACGUUGAGAGAAAACUUUUUAAAUGACAAUUGCCUAGUAAUAUCUGCGUCGAUAAUGUCACAGCCUGCAGUGUCGACCUCGCCGAGUGGUCACGCUGUGCCAAAAAGUCGUUCAGUCAGUCACACAGAUGGAUCCUGGUUUCCAUUGUUCAAGACAGUUGAAAACAGAACGCUAACGCCACCACCGGAUAUUCACAAGUUUCUGCCAAAAUUGGAUCUCAGUAUUUAUGUUAAUAAGGAAGACGAGGAGGAGAAUCGUUGGUUGAAAACCGAUUGCGACGAAGAGAUGCUGCGUAAUUUGAGACUGAUAGACUUCUUCGACUUUAAACAAUCUCAGGCAGUCUUCUGGGAGGAAAUGGAGGAUUUGUUGAAGGGACAGGAAGACCGGAAUUCUUCGCUUUUGCAUUAUUAUCACGGCCGACUCGAAGAAAGAAGAAAUCUGAUGAACGAGGCUUACGCCAAGAGAUUGGCAUACUUUGCGGAAGCAAAUAAAAUGCAGAUGAGUAAAGUCAAAGGAAGUAAAAAGAAGAAAAAAUUAUGAUUUAACGGAAAUUACUAUAUGGUUGUUAAAUGUAACUUUUUUUUGUUUAUUAUUAACAAUAGAGGAUAUAAUUGAUGAAUUUUUUGGAAAUUUUGCCCAUAAAACUACUUGAGUUAUGCUGUCUGCAUACAUUAUGUGUCAGUAAAUUUUAUGAGGUGGAUCUUUUAGGCAGCAUUCUUAAUUUCAUUGGAAUUCGAUAUUAAAAAAAGAUUGCACGACAGUUUGGCAAACAUUUGGUGUUUAGAGAAAAAUUCUCAAGGAAUCAUGGUGGCGUAUUUACAAUAUCCUCGAAACGUCAACUAGCCAAACACGUUUAUGUUGACAGUACAAUUAGGCGUAACCCGCAUUACGUCAUCAUUGACACACGCUGUGUCCAGCUGAAUUAAUGAUCGUUCGAGUCACUCGUCAAUGUGCUUCUAGCAAACAAAGAAUUUCAAAACGCAAUCACUGAAGCAUUCAUUGAAAAAUCGAUUAAAAAAAUUCCACAAUAGAAAAAUGACAAAAAACAAAGCACGAAAUGACGCACAGUGCACAGUAGUGCAAGGGAGAGAAGCACGAGAGGCAAAUUUAUGCUCUUAAUCCCUGAGCUUCUCUUUUCAAGAAAAUCAUAACAAUACAAUUCGAAAUUGUAUAAUGAUACUCAAUUAAGAUCCCAAUUGACCUCCUUCGCUAAGCCCAACCCAAGACCGGAAGUGUCUAUGGGACGUGACCUAACCUAGAAAUAUCUAAUUGCACGAGUACCAAACGCAGCGACAAGAAUUUCGAAAUUCACUAAUCAAUUAGGUAAUUAUAUGUAUAAAGCAGGGCGAAGGUCGAACGACCGCGAUACCUUUAAAGUGGAGAAAUCAUGAGGAAUCCUACAUACGUGACAAAAGUGGCCAAUAAAGCAGGCAAUCUUCCAUUAUAACGUAGGCGCAUGCGCAGUAGUCGAAAAUCUCGCUAUCAACUGAUAAAACCGUCAUAUUUAAUCUGCUUAUAAUCUAUGGUGAUUUUCAUAAUUAUCUCAGGACCGAAAACCUGCAGUUCGUUUAUCUACGAGAGAUGCAACGUCUACAAGCUUAUCAAGCA